AUGUCAACGACAACCGCCGUCCAGCUCGAAUCGUUAGGUAACGGGACAUCCUACGAAGCUUCUUCCUCCAACCUUCGCCCAAGAGGAGCGCUUACCGAAACGACAUCAAGUCACCAAAAUGACUCUGACGAUCCAGCUCUCGAAGCUUCGCGCAUCGCAGAUAGUACAGUCCCAGAUGGAGGCUACGGAUGGGUCGUGGUUGGCGCCUGUGCGAUGGUAGCAUGGUAUGUAAUUGGACUGUCGUAUGUCUGGGGUGUAUAUCAACGCGCUCUCGUCGAGCGAGGCGUCGGCUCGCCUCUCGCCUUAUCGUUCUGCGGAUCCAUUUCUCCAGCACUGAUGGCGACGGUUGGAAUGCUAGUGUCAAGGAUGAUCCGAUCCUUCGGAACUAGAACCCUCAGCUGUGCUGGAAUAGUCCUUAUGAGCCUCUCGUUCAUCCUUGCAAGUUUCGUAACGGACCAUCUUGUGGGCCUCAUCUUUCUUCCUGGUGUGCUAUUGGGACUGGGUAUGAGCGGUUGCUUCAUGUCAUUCUCUGUUGUACCAGCGCAGUAUUUCAUGAAGCGACGCGGUAUAGCGAACGGUAUUGUGUAUGCCGGGGGAGGUUUUGGUGGCGCUAUCAUGAGUAUUGUGACUGACUCACUGAUCAAGAAGUUCAGCGUCGAGUGGGCUUUCCGGAUCACGGGGUUACUGAUUGCUGUCACAGGACUUCCAGCUGCAUAUCUCAUCAAGGAAAGAACACCUCUCGCUAGGUCGGGGAUUGUGGACUGGACCUUGUUCCGUCAGCUCAACUUUGCCAUCCUAUUCUUCGCUGCUGGAGUCGGCAUCUUCCCACUCCUGGUACCACCUUAUUUUCUUCCUUUGUAUUCCAGUUCCAUGGGUCUCAGUACAAGUACUGGUGCCGGUCUGUUGGCUGGCUUCAGUUUCGCUUCAGCGGUUGGACGCAUAAUCAGCGGUUACCUCUGCGACAUCCUCGGUCCAAUAAAUACACUAUGGGCCUUCUUUCUAGGCAACUCGAUUACGAUGCUGACUCUUUGGCCCGCUUCGACGUCACUUGCGCCCCUGGCUGUCUUUGCCGUACUAAACGGACUCAUGAACGGUGGCUUCUUUUCCUCUAUGCCCACAGUUGUCAGUAAUGUCUUCGGAUCGGCACGUGUAUCUACAGCAAUGGCAAUGAUGAUCGUUGGCUGGAUAUUAGGGUACCUUCUUGGGUCCCCUAUCGCAGGGUUUCUGCUCGAACGUCACGGCGGUGCUGAUGGAGGAUUACAAGCCUAUCGACCUGCAAUGUUCUACGCUGGCUCACUUUCCGCCUUUGCAACUAUUCUAACAACAUUCUUACGAUGGAGAAUAAGCAAGAAGGUCUUUGAGAAAGUUUGA